AUGUCGCUCGGGUUCCUGACCGAGUCAGCGCUCGUGCCGUCCAAAGCAAAGGCGAUCAAAGUCGACGCCAAGUCGCUCGUGGACCUCAAGGCAGUGGUGUUCCAGAAGGAGCAGGAGCGGAAGCGCCGCUUGCACGAGGCGGCCACAGCAGCAGCAACAACUACCGACAACGACAGCAGAGACGGCCGUAACAACGAGACGGGUUACGCAGCUCUUCGGCGUGGGAAAUAUUCGCACUUACGCGGGAACAACAAGCGUUGGAAGCCGUGCAAAGAGGACCAAGUGGGCAGGAAGUCGCAGAACGCGGGGGUCGAGGCCCGCAGUCGGCGGGACGAAGAGGUGAGGGCGCGCGACGCGACUCCUGACGAAGACGACGAUGCCGCGUGGUGCAAACUGUCGGCCGAGAGGCUGCGCGAGAAGGCGAAACUGUACGAGGAGAUGAUGCGCGGAGGACGUCGAGAGGAUGAGCGGACAGCAGAGUGUCUCGUGGACUUUGAGGCGAAACAGGCGAUGGCGGCCAUGACGCGGACGACGGAAGCAACGACAGGGGUGGUGGAGAUCACGGACGCGUUUGGACGCACGAGGAGUGUAGCGCUUGACAGCGACGAGUACGCAGCGUUUCAGGAGACCCAGCAGCAGCAGCAGCAGCAGGAGGAUGAAAGAGAGGGACGUGGGGAGAGUGAGCUCGUCAAGGGCAAGCGGUGUGAUGACGGAGAAGGCAGGAGCGAAGACGGUAGUCGAGUGGAUGGUGGCAGUUUUGUCGUUUCGCAAUGGGAAAAGCGUCUGAAUCGCUCGGAGAAGGACCAUCUGAUGGAGGUGCAUGAGCGCGCGACGUCAGCGCGGUUGUUGGCGCGUACUGCUUUGUCAGGAAGUGCACGACAAGACAGGAAGACGAGAAAGCAAUUGCGCUUGGAGCGUCUUCGCAAACAGCGAGUGGAGGCAGCAACGUCGGGUGAAAAGGGUACUGCAGAACUGAACGAUGAGGUCGAUCGUGCAGCGUCCGAGAGAGCCAGCGACUUUUUGAACCAGCUCUCGUCGUUCAUGUAG